AUGGCUUCAACUGAGAAUUUAAAUCAGUUGGAGCCAACUUUUAUGUAUACACAGAUAUUCAAGGAUAUUCUUCUUGAUAUGAAAUAUGAUGAGCAGGCGAUCAAACAGUUUAUUGCUUAUUGUCGAAAAAACAACAGCUUAUCACUAAUUAACAUUGACCGUUUUGAGAAAGAAUACAGUUCUCAAUUAGCUAUUUGGUGGUACACUUUCCCAUCCAAUAUCUCUUUUAUGCUCAAUUAUGCUCUCAGAACAUUGGACGCCGAUGCGAUUAUUACUAUGGGUUUUUUUAUGUGUCAUCUGCAUCAACAAAUUCAGCAGCUGUACGAACAACAGGUUAAAAGCUAUAAUAAAAAACCUUUUCUAGUUUAUCGAGGGCAAGGUCUCAUGAAAUCAGACUUUGAAAAACUUCAAAAAACAAUAGGUGGACUUUUGUCAUUUAAUAACUUCUUAUCUACCAGUAAAAGUAAAGAUGUACCGGUCAAUUUUGCUCAGUGUGCUUCAACAAAUCCGGAUAUGGUGAGCAUCCUCUUUAUAAUGUCCAUUGAUCCUUGUAUUAAAUCAACACCGUUUGCCUCCAUCAAAGAAGUAAGUGCUAUUGAGAGCGAAGAAGAAAUUCUCUUCUCAAUGCACACAGUUUUUCGAGUGAAUGCGAUUAAACAAAUGGAUAAUAACAAUCAACCUUAUGAAGUUGAAUUACAGUUAACAUCGGAUGAUGAUCGACAAUUACGAUUACUUUCUAAUCGGGUACAAAAAGAAGCUAGUGGUACUGGAUGGCAAAGAUUGGGUAAAUUAUUGCUUAAAAUUGGUCAAUUUAAUAAAGCCGAAGAACUUUAUAACGUAUUACUCGAACAGACAUCUGAUCAGGGUGAAAAGCAGUAUUAUUACAAUCAGCUGCAAUUGGUCCAUUUGAAUCAAGGUGAUUAUGAAAAGGCUAUUUGGUAUUACAGACAAGGACUUGAAAUUCAAGAAAAAACUCUUCCUACAAAUCAUCCACAUUUUGCUAAUUCAUACAACAACAUUGGUUUGGUGUAUGUCGAGAUGGGAGAGUACUUGAAAGCACUUUUAUAUUACGAAAAAGCACUUGAAAUUAAACAAAAAACUCAUCCCGCAAAUCAUCCUUCGUUGGCUACUUCAUACAACAACAUUGGUUUAGUGUAUUACAAGAUGGCAGAAUACUCCAAAGCACUUUUAUUUUUCGAAAAAGCACUUGAAAUUCGACAAAAAACUCUUCCUGCAAAUCAUCCUGAUUUGGCUACUUCAUACAAUAACAUCGGUUUGGUGUAUAACAACAUGAAAAAGUACUCAAAAGCACUUUCACAUUACAAAAAAGCACUUGAAAUUCAAGAAAAAACUCUUCCUGCAAAUCAUGCUCAUUUGGCUAUUUCAAACAAUAACAUCGGUAAUGUGUAUAACAACAUGGGAGAGUACUCAAAAGCACUUUCAUAUCACGAAAAAGAUCUUGAAAUUUGCCAAAAAAUUCUUCCGUCAAAUCAUCCUGAUUUAGCUACUUCAUACAACAACAUCGCUAAGUUGUAUUACAAUGUGCAAGACUAUUCGAAAGCACUUUCAUAUUUAGAACGUGCUCUGAACAUAUUACAAUGCGCAUUACCUUCAACUCAUCCGGAUAUUCAAAAUAUGAAAAACAGUAUUGAAGUUGUAAAAAAGAAAUUAUAA